GAAUCCAGCGUUGGACGAGCAUUAGAAUCGUAGAUUAUUACUAUAUACUAUAAUUGUGUAUUUAAUUGUUCUGCGCAUUGUGAAAUACAUUCCAGAACAGUUUAAUAGCAAUCAAACAUUUAAAGUAUUUUCCGAUUAUAUAAACACAAGGAAAGAUAAUGUCGGAAAGUAUUACGAUCAAUGGAGAUAACUAUGAAGUUAACUUCGCAAAUCUUCCCGCUGACAUCAGCCUGAAUACGUUUAUCCGUGAGCAUGCUGGUCUCACGGGCACCAAGUUCAUGUGCCAAGAGGGCGGCUGCGGUGUCUGCGUUUGUGCCUUGAGUGGAGUUCAUCCGGUGACGGGAGAACUCUGCACAUGGGCGGUUAACUCAUGUCUGACACUGUUGAACAGCUGUUUGGGUCUGGAGGUGACCACCUCGGAAGGAUUAGGAGACAAGCGCAAGGGAUAUCAUGCCAUACAGCAACGCCUGACUAAAAUGAAUGGUACCCAAUGUGGAUAUUGCUCGCCGGGAUUCGUGAUGAACAUGUACGCAUUGCUCAAGUCUCAGGCCGGUAAGGUGACCAUGGCCGAGGUGGAGAAUGCAUUUGGUGGCAACAUCUGUCGCUGCACUGGCUACCGUCCCAUUCUGGAUGCCAUGAAGUCCUUUGCCGUGGACAGCAACAUUCAGGUGCCCGCCGAGUGUGCAGACAUUGAGGAUUUGAGCAAGAAGCAAUGCCCCAAAACGGGAGAGCUCUGUGCCGGCAGCUGCAAGAAGGGUCAGCAGAGAAGCGUUCAGGUCUAUGCUGAUGGCAGUCGCUGGUCCUGGCCUCAGACACUGUCCGAUCUCUUCAAGGCGCUGCAAGAUGCUGCCAAGGAGCAGCUACCCUACAUGCUUGUGGGCGGUAACACCGCUCAUGGUAUCUACAGACGCAGCGCGGAGAUCAAGGCUUUCAUUGAUGUCCGUGCCCUGAAAGAGCUAAGGGGUUACAGCGUGACCGAUAAGGGAUUAACUUUGGGUGGCAAUCUGAGUCUCACUGAGACCAUGGACAUCUGCCGUAAGCUGGAGCAAACAGCCGGGUUUGAGUACCUGUCACAAGUUUGGUUGCACCUGGACUGGAUUGCCAAUGUGCCAGUGCGCAACGUCGGCACCUUGGCAGGCAACCUGUCCAUUAAGCAUGCCCACCCCGAGUUCCCCUCGGAUGUGUUUAUUGUACUGGAAGCAUUGGACGCCCAGGUGAUCAUUCAGGAGUCUGCAGAGAAGCAGCAAACUGUCAGCCUGGCCGACUAUCUGAAGACCCCAAUGCAAGGCAAAAUCAUACGUGGAUUUGUGCUGCCCGCCUUAUCAAAGCAGCAAGUGCUCUUCGACUCAUAUAAGAUCAUGCCGCGUGCCCAGAAUGCUCAUGCCUAUGUGAAUGCAGCCUUUCUUCUAGAACUCGACGCAGGUUCGAAGGUGAAGACUGCACGCAUCUGCUUUGGUGGCAUUCGGCCGGACUUUGUGCAUGCCAAGGCCAUUGAGGAGCUGCUGGUCGGACGUAAUCCCUUUGACAAUGCCUUGCUGGAGCAGGUCUUUAGCAAGCUUUCAGCCUUGCUGCAACCGGAUGAGGUCUUACCGGAUGCCUCACCCGCUUAUAGACUCAAGUUGGCAUGCGGUUUGCUCUACAAGUUUCUCUUAAAAGCCGCCGUGCAGAAACAACAGAUCCUGGCCAGUCGUCACACAACGGGCGGCUCCCUGCUAAAGCGUCCCGUAUCGAAGGGUCAGCAGAGCUUUGAGACCUUUGAACAACAUUAUCCGGUAACAAAGCCGACGGAGAAGCACGAGGGUCUCAUUCAAUGUUCGGGUGAGGCAACAUAUGCCAACGAUCUGCCCACUCAACACAAUCAACUGUGGGCGGCCUUUGUGACGGGUAAACGAGUAGGUGCCCGGGUCACCAAGGUGGAUACCUCGGCUGCCUUAACGCUGCCUGGCGUGGUGGCCUAUAUCGACGCCAAGGACAUUCCUGGGCCCAAUAAUCUGGGUCCUAAGACUAAGGAUGACUUCUUCUUUAAGCAUGAUGAAGAGCUAUUUGCCACAGGCCCCCUUAAGUUCCAUAAUCAGCCCAUAGGCAUGAUCUUGGCUACUUCCAAUGCUCUGGCUCAACGCUCCGCGGAGCUGGUGAAGCUAAGCUACGAGGGUGGCUCUGAGGAAAUAUUUCCUAGCAUGAAGCAUGUCCUGGAGGCUGCUGUCGCUGGUGAUCGCAUCAAACACCCUGUUAAAUCGUUAAUCGACAAGUUGGAGUUGCUGGAACCAUUUGAGAUUCAGGGAAGUGGCAAACUGGACAUGGGACUGCAGUAUCAUUACUUUAUGGAGCCACAAACGACUGUGGCGCUGCCCUUCGAAGGCGGACUGCAGGUGUACGCAGCCACGCAGUGGAUGGACCUCACCCAAGAUAUCAUUUCCAAUGUCCUGAAGCUCAGGAGUAACGAGGUGCAGGUGAAGACCCGUCGCAUUGGCGGCGGCUAUGGCGGCAAGGCCACACGCUGCAACUUGGCAGCUGUGGCAGCCGCAUUGGCCGCCCAUAAGCUCAAUCGUCCGGUGCGCUUUGCACAAUCUCUGGAGUCCAUAAUGACGACCACAGGCAAGCGUUGGGCUUUCCACUGUGACUAUGAUUUCUUUGUCCAGGGCAAUGGCAAGAUUGUGGGUAUAAAUAGUCGAUUCUACCAGGAUGCCGGCUAUCUGGAGAACGAGUCGCCCAUGGGCCAUGCAGUACUGCUAUCGAAGAACUGCUACGAGUUCAGUGACAACUACAAGCUCGAUGGCUUUAUGGUACUCUCGGAUUCGCCAACUAACACGGCCUGUCGUGCACCCGGCUCCAUCGAGGGCAUUGCCAUGAUGGAGAACAUCAUAGAGCAUAUUGCAUUCGAGACGGGCUUGGAUCCGGCGGAUGUGCGCUAUGCCAACAUUUUGCCAUCUCACAAAAUGGGCGACAUGAUGCCCAAAUUCCUGAAGAGCACUCUCUAUCGGGAGCGACGUGCCGACAUCAUUGCCUACAACAAAGAGCACCGUUGGCGCAAACGUGGACUUGGCCUCAGCAUUAUGGAGUAUCAGAUUGGUUACUUUGGACAGUAUCCGGCCACGGUGACCAUCUAUCAUAGCGAUGGCACCGUUGUCGUCGCCCAUGGAGGCAUUGAAAUGGGUCAAGGUAUGAACACAAAGAUUGCACAGGUCGUUGCCCAUACCCUGGGCAUUAAUGUGGAGCAAGUGCGUAUUGAGACCAGCGACACGAUCAACGGAGCCAACGCCAUGGUCACAGGAGGUGCUGUAGGCAGUGAGACCCUUUGCUAUGCCGUACGUAAGGCCUGCGAAACUCUAAACUCCCGAUUGGAACCCCUCAAGGAGGAGUUGAAGCCAGCCGACUGGCAGCAGCUGAUCAACGAGGCUUUUGAACGCAAGAUUAACUUGAUAGCCAGCGAUCAGUGUAAACAGGGAGAUAUGGAGCCAUAUUCCGUGUGUGGACUGGGUCUGAUCGAGGUGGAAUUGGAUGUGCUAACAGGCAACUAUCUGAUCAAUCGUGCAGACAUCCUGGAGGAUACCGGCGAGAGUUUGAAUCCCAAUGUGGACAUUGGUCAGAUCGAAGGUGCCUUCAUAAUGGGCCUAGGUUACUGGACAUCCGAACAGAUUGUGGUGGACAAAAAGACUGGUGAAUGCCUGACGAAUCGCACGUGGAACUACAAACCGCCGGGUGCCAAGGAUAUUCCAAUUGAUUUGCGCAUCGAGCUGUUGCCCAAAAGUCCCAACAAAGCAGGAUUCAUGAGAUCAAAGGCUACGGGUGAACCAGCGAUUUGCUUGGCCGUUGCCGUGGCCUUUGCCCUACAGCAGGCACUCCAAUCUGCACGAGACGAUGCCGGUCUGCCCAAGUCCUGGGUUACACUAAAUGCGCCCAUGACACCCGAGCUGCUCGUCCUGCACGCUGGCACUGAGCCCGGUCAGCUCCGCCUAAGCUAAGGCCAUGCCCCGAUGACCCCAAGUCAAAGGCAGCGCGUGAGAAGCGGCACGUGGCCACAAAAGCGCCGAUGGGUAUGCUCCGAUAAGAAAGCAUACUCAAGAAUCGCUAUACAAGUAAUAUAUGUAUAACCAACUAAGUAGACAACAAGGUGUGUGUUUUUUUUCGCAAUAAAUUAGAAACUUAUCCAAGGCAAA